UCCGUGCCCACCCGCGACGGACCCCCCGGUCGCUCCUUCCACCCCGGAUCACGUGUGUCGCGCCUGCCCUAGUCACCAGGCCCUUACUAAGCAGGAUAGCGGGCUCCAGCCAAUGGCAGUCCCGUACAGUCCCCAACCGACUGGGCGAAAAGUUGGUUGUGGUCGAUUCCCAAUUUUCGCCCUGCGACCUACAGCCAGAGACCGGUACGAAAGCGUGGCGACCCAACUGGCAGCUCAGUUUCUUCCUGAGCAAACGUUGAUUCCCUCGUCUCCCCUUCCACAGUUCCCUUCGUGACGACGUCGACACACAUUCAAAAUGUCCUCCUUCGAGCAGGUCGUCGUCAUCGAUGGCAAGGGCCACCUUCUGGGCCGUCUGGCCAGCAUUGUCGCUAAGCAGCUGCUUAACGGCCAGAAGAUCGUCGUCGUCCGCACCGAGGCCCUGAACAUCUCCGGAGAGUUCUUCCGUGCUAAGCUCAAGUACCACGCCUACCUCCGCAAGAUGACCCGAUACAACCCCACCCGCGGUGGUCCCUUCCACUUCCGCGCUCCCUCGCGUAUCUUCUACAAGGCCGUCCGCGGUAUGAUUCCUCACAAGACCGCCCGUGGCGCCGCCGCCCUUGAGCGCCUCAAGGUCUUCGAGGGUGUUCCUCCUCCCUACGACAAGGUCAAGAAGAUGGUCGUUCCCCAGGCUCUCCGCGUUCUGCGGCUGCAGCCCGGCCGCAAGUACUGCACUGUCGGCCGUCUGAGCCACGAGGUUGGCUGGAAGUACCAGGAUGUUGUUGAGAGGCUGGAGGAGCGCAGAAAGGCCAAGGGAGCUGCCUACUACGAGCGCAAGAAGGCCGCCCGCCGACAACUCGCCGAGGGCAAGAAGAACGCCAAGGUCGAUGAGAAGACGGUCAAGGCCCUCGAGGCUUACGGAUACUAGACGGCCUCCGUACAACCAACCUCUUUUGUGUGCUUUUUCCGUUUGGUCUUAGAUCGGCGCGUGGUGGUCAAUGGUCGGGGGGCAUCACAUAUUCAUCCGCGACGGGUAGCAGGAAACUUUUAGCUGGCUUGCCCGUCAAACUUCUGGGUCCUCGAUAGGGACUUAUCACCUCAAAACAAAUGAGCAUGCUGGGAGAAAAGAUGAAAUCUUGUCCAAACAAAAAAAAAAGCUUUCGGGAUUGCCGGUUGCAUGCGUGAUUGGUCUUUCGUCCCCUGCGAUUUGAGAGAACUGAGCGUCACUAGGUCUCGUCACCGCGAUAACGAGGGAGGAGGAUCGAGAAGCCCUGUCGAAGCCCCUUCGAAGCCUGUUGGGAGAGGUGGUGGUCAUUGGGGUUAUUUUAAUCGGGGGCCGGUAUAACUGCCGGUCUUGCGGAAUGCAGAUAUAUUCGGGCGAGAACUUGGCAUGGUGAUGACCGUGUCCCGGGCCGUCCUGACGCCUCACGAAAUCAAGAAUCACAAUACCCAAAUGGCCAUCACCUCCCACUUGUCUCGUGUUUCUGGCUGGCAUUCUUUCCGUGCCUGCCUCUCGCUGUCCCGGGAUAGUCCCUUGCCAGGGCUCGGCUCCCUUCUAGUAUUGACUCUUUGUGUAGGUACCACUGCUAGGUCACUUGGAGAUCCUCCCAGCCCCGAGGGUUUUUCUGUCGAAUCCUCGACUUCUCUAGCUCCUCUUCCUUACCACCGCUGCGCCUUCCUCGGAGGAAACCCUAUCGUCUACGCAGUAUCUAGUUGUUGAAAUCACUGCCGUCAUGUUUAUGUGGCUUACGUUGACUUGCUCUCCAUCAGCGGGGCUCACCAUUACGAUUUCGUGUGGUUGCUAUACGUCUUGAUCCUCUGGGAGAACCCUGCUAUAUAUACAGUUCAUCUGCAAAGAUAGUUAGGCAUAUGUCGGCAUGUUGAGUUGUGCUGAGGGCCACCUCCACCGCCCAGCCAGGUGCGCUGGCUCGUCCCUGCUGGUCCCUGCCGGGGCAGAACGUAUAGGUGGUGAGGGGGUGGUUGCCCGUGGAGGGCAAGGAGACAGGAGACGACCUCCUUCGCCAUUGGAGCCUUGUGUGGGCCAGACUCUUGGCACGCUCACACUUUAGGGCAGCUUCUGUAUGUGUGAUGGGUUGGCUCAUAACGGGGUUAGUACAGUCUAUGAGUCUGCAGUGUUAUGAAUCAAAGAAGGUAUGACAAUGAACAGGUGCGAUGGCCCACGGCAUCUUCAAGCUGGAACAAGCAGUCAGCAUAAAAGACUCUCGUACAGGAUGGCCUGUUUCUGCGAAGCCUGGGGUUAUGCAUUCACUGGCAACCCACAAAUUGUUUUUCUCAAUGCAUAGGAAUCAAGUGAGACAGCAUGAGAAUCACUAGCUAUAAUGUGUUUCAGUAUGUACCUAUCUGGAGUCGGCAUGCUGUUUCUAUCACUCGUUCGUUUUCCAACUUUGGGCACAUAAUACCAGUUAAC